CCGAUAUCUACCAUUUUUACAAAUAUAUUUUAUAUCCCUCUAAAUUUGGGAUUAUAUUUACAAAAAUAUUUUAAAUCAUAAUAUAAAAUACAAAUUUAAUGAAGAUAAAUAUGGACUGGGGAAUUACUUAACAUUAUAAUUCCCACUUGAAACUCAAUCAUUUUUAUUCAUUUGUACACUAACACAUUGAAAAAUGCUUAAAAUAGAAAAUGAUUAGGUUAAGGCCUCAUUUGAGAUCUUUACAAUCUCAUGUGAGUAGUGGCCAGAUUCCAACUCGUGAGUAUCUGGAAUCUUUUGAGCCCAAAAGCCUUCGGCGUUUAAAAGUUUUUAAUCAAACUCCACCUGAGGAUAUUCGUAAAACAUUUUUUGAAAAAUUGACAUCUCAUUAUUCUAAUCCUCGCUCUAUUUUAAGGUUAUAUCGCAAAUACAUAUCAGUUGAUGAUUAUCCAUGUUAUUCUUGGUUAGUGCGUUGUUUUUGUCAACUUGGCAACUCAUUUUCUUUCAACUCUUUCUGGUCACCCAGAGAUAGGCAGGCCUUAGUUAGCCUCCCUUUAUUUAGAUACUUGGUUUUUGAUCUCACCGAACGUAAGCAUUAUAUACACCCCCGCCAUGUUCCCCGGAUGAUAUUUGCUCUAUCUGCCUUGGAGUAUCGUUCCUGGCCUUUACUUACACACCUUCUCGAAUUGGUCCAGAAACACCUUAAGGAUUGGAGAAUAUCUACUAUCUCUGUAAUGAUUGGUUGUUUGGUUAAGUUAGGGCUGGAUAACAUUCCUAACAAUUCAAACCUUUUACCUAAUGUAACAUCACUGUUAUUAAAUGAGGUGGAGAGUCGGGAUCCUAGCUAUUCAUCACCUUUUGACUGGGCUAUACUGUCAUACUCUUUAGUUUUAACCAACAGAUACGAAUGGCCUAACUAUGAAAACGCGUCGCUUCCAGUCUUCUUGAAUCGGGCUUGCAAAGGGUUAAACUUGGAGAAUUUACCCCUAAGUGGAUGGACACAAUAUUAUUUAUACAUUUCAUUAUACUGUACUGAUGUUGAGAAACCGAGAAACGAAAUUCAAAUAAAAGAGUCAGUUCCACCUGAAAUACAACAGUCACUCCACACCCGAUGGCUCAACGAGAUACUUAUCCACUCACAACCUCAGGGUUCUGAGAUGUUGCAGAAAGAUGUUGAUACUGUCCUAGAGGGUUUAGGAAACACUGAGGGUUUAAUAAAUUGUUCAGUUGGAAGGGGGGAUGACGAACAACACUGUCUAUUUACUGGCCAUUUAUUCCCAAAUAGAAAAUUAUGUUUUGAAUACAAUUAUCUUAUGCCUAUGCCAGACGGAACUCCAGUUGAAAGCGGUCUUGUCAGUUUCAGAAGAAGACUUUUCAACAAAUUUGGAUAUAACACGGUAGUUAUUCAUAGGCACCAGUGGGAAAAGCUAACAAUUUUGGAAAAGGAGGAACAACUUCUUCAGAUUUUAUCAAAGUUCCCAAUCAUUGAGUCAAAUCUGUAUGAAAGUAAGCCAGAGGCAAAGACUUUUGAAGGAUCUAAUUACAAGUAUUUGAAGCACUUAAGGCCUAAAAUUACCACCUGGCCACCUGAUAAGAUUACUCUAUAAACUCUUUAACUAUUCAAUUUACACCUAUUAUA